AUGUCAGGACACGGCCAGGGGGCCGAGUCGGCGCCGCUCCUCCCACGCAUAAACGGGAUCGCGCACGAAGGGGAAAGCGGCCGCAGUGGCUUCCACCCUCGCCACUUUUUCUCGGUACUAUGGCGUAGCUCCAGCCAGAUUUCAAUGCUUGUCAACAUCCUUUGGCCCUUUGUCCCCGUCACCAUCAUCCUACAUUUCGUCACCGACGCUCCAUUAUGGACCUUCGCGACAAGCUACAUCGGCAUGGUACCCGCAGCCAACCUGCUCGGUUUCGCCGGACAGGAAUUCGCGCGCAAGAUGCCCAAGGUAGCCGGCAUCCUGAUCGAAACCACAUUCGGCUCCAUCGUCGAGAUCAUCCUCUUCAUCGUGCUCAUCGCCAACCACCACGACACCUCCCAGGGCGGCGGCGGCGGCAGCGACGACGGCAACCUAAUCCCCGUCAUCCAAGCGGCCAUCCUCGGGUCCAUCCUCACCAACCUGCUGCUCUGCCUCGGCCUGUGCUUCUUCUUCGGCGGCCUGCGCCACGCCAGCCAAAAGUUCCACGCCAUCGUCUCCGAGGUCGGCAGCGGCCUGCUGCUGGUCGCCGCUUUUGCGCUGCUCAUCCCCAGUGCCUUUUACUCGGCUCUCAAGUCUGAGGCCGCGCCGGAUCCUGACCAGCCGCUGCUAGGCGCGCUGCAUGAGACGUUCACGCGGGGCAAGCUGCAGACGGAUGUCCUGCAGAUCAGCCGGGCGGCGUCGAUUGCGCUGAUGGCGGCGUUUGCGCUGUAUAUCUGGUUUUGUGCGAGCAGCCAGCACAGUAUUUUUGAUGAGGUUAUUGAAAUGGAUGAGCAUCGUGAUGCGGACCGCGAGGAGGACUUGCAGAAGCCCAAGUUUACCAUGACUGAGGCUUUGGUUGCGCUCGCCGUGUCGCUUGUCUGCGUGACGUUUCUUUUGAUCUUGCUGGUUGGUGAGAUUGAGCAUGUUGUGAAGAGUGGUGUGCCGGAUCAGUUUCUGGGUUUGAUCUUGUUGCCGCUGGUAGAAAAGGCGGCCGAGCAUCUGACUGCUAUUGAUGAAGCCAGGGAUGGCAUGAUCAACGUUGCGCUUUAUCAUUGCCUCGGGCCGUCCAUCCAGACAGCUCUUUUCAACGCCCCCCUAGCUGUCAUUAUCGCAUGGAUCAUGGGCAAACCCUUGGACCUCAACUUUGAGAUCUUCAUGGUUGGCCUUCUCGUCUUGUCGAUUCUGGUGGUCGGAAACUUCCUCCGCGACGGAGAAUCGAAUUGGCUUGAGGGCGCACUCCUCGUGGUCGUCUACAUCAUCAUUGCCAUCGCAUGCUGGUACUACCCGGAUCCCGAGGUUGCAACCUCGAACAGUUUGGAAGGAUCCGGCCUGGUAAAGGUCACCAUGACCAGAGAUGCACUUGAGCAACUUCAACAGCUUAUCAAAGCGGGAUUGGAACAGUGA